GAAUAUUGUAACCUCUAUUUUAUUCAAAAUUUUUAUUCCGGUUAUUCGGCGUUGUGUUUGUAAACACACACACGCAAAAAUGAGGUUAAGCGUAGACGGCCUAAUCGUGUACUUCCCUUACGAUUACAUUUACCCGGAGCAAUACGCCUAUAUGAGGGAACUAAAAAAAGCCCUAGACGCCAAAGGCCAUUGCUUGCUCGAAAUGCCAUCGGGCACCGGCAAAACGGUCACCCUUCUCUCGCUCAUCGUCGCCUACAUGAUCGAAAACCCCCAUCACGUACGGAAACUAAUCUACUGCUCGCGCACCGUACCGGAAAUCGAGAAGGUCCUCGAGGAACUCAAAAAGCUGAUCGAGUACUACGAGAAAACCGACGGAGAAAAACCCAAGCUCACCGGCGUAGUUCUAUCAUCUCGCAAAAACAUGUGCAUACAUCCCCAGGUGAGCACCCAAAAGGAAGGUAAAAUAGUCGAUGGAAAGUGCCACGCUCUAACGGCUAGUUACGUUAGAGAAAAACACUCGUACGACGACACCGUACCAGUUUGUCAGUACUACGAAGACUUCAAUCUCGACGGGAAAGAAUCCAUUUUACCCCACGGGGUCUACAACAUAGACGAUUUGAAACAGUACGGGAGAGAUCGAAACUGGUGCCCCUACUUCGUAUCGAGGCUAGCCAUUACUUACGCUAAUAUAGUGGUGUACAGCUACCAUUAUCUACUCGAUCCGAAGAUAGCCGAUGUGGUGUCGAAGGAGCUCACUAAAGAGUCCGUGGUGAUAUUCGACGAAGCCCAUAAUAUAGACAACGUCUGCAUCGAUGCGAUGAGCGUGAAAAUCAAGAAGCGAACGAUCGAAAAGGCCUCCGCUAACAUACAAUUACUGGAGAAAACUAUAGCAGAGAUGCGCGAGGACGAUUCGAAGAGGCUGCAGGACGAGUACCAGCGUCUGGUGCAAGGACUGCGGGACGCCAACGUGGCCAGAGAGACCGAUGUGAUUCUAUCGAAUCCGGUCCUGCCCGAUGAAAUAUUGCAGGAGGCCGUGCCGGGGAAUAUACGAAACGCCGAGCAUUUCGUCAGUUUUUUGAAGCGGUUUUUGGAGUACGUGAAGACAAGGUUGAGGGUGCAACACGUCGUGCAGGAGUCGCCGGUGGCUUUUCUCAAGGACGUGCAGCAAAAGGUAUGCAUCGAACGGAAACCGUUGAGAUUCUGCGCGGAGCGUUUGUCGUCCUUAUUGAAAACCUUGGAAAUCUCCGAUUUGGCCGAUUUCGGUCCGAUUGUAUUGAUAACCCAUUUGGCUACAUUAGUUUCGACUUAUACCAAAGGAUUCACCGUUAUCGUGGAACCUUUCGACGAUAAAACCCCCACGGUUUCCAAUCCUAUACUACAUGUAAGUUGCUUGGAUUGUUCGAUAGCCGUUAAACCGGUGUUCGAUAGAUUCCAAACGGUGGUUAUAACAUCUGGUACUUUAUCGCCGAUGGAUAUGUAUCCGAAAAUAUUGAAUUUCCGUCCGGUCGUCAUGUCUUCGUUCACGAUGACUUUGGCUAGGCCUUGUCUGUUACCGAUGAUUGUUUCGAAAGGCAACGAUCAAGUGGCCAUAUCAUCUCGAUUCGAGACCAGAGACGACAACGCCGUGAUCAGGAACUACGGGCAACUACUAGUCGAAAUAGCAGCCAACGUGCCCGAUGGCAUCGUCUGUUUCUUCACGUCGUACCUCUACCUGGAAUCGGUGGUAGCCAGUUGGUACGAUCAGGGGGUCAUCGAUAAUCUGCAGAGGUACAAAUUGCUGUUUAUCGAAACGCAGGAUUCGGCCGAGACCAGUUUCGCACUGAUGUACUACAUCAAAGCGUGCGAAUCGGGCAGGGGCGCAGUCCUGCUUUCGGUGGCCCGAGGAAAGGUCUCAGAAGGCGUGGAUUUCGACCAUCAUUUGGGCAGGGCCGUCUUGAUGUUCGGCAUCCCCUACGUGUACACGCAAUCGCGUAUACUCAAGGCCCGCUUGGAUUAUUUGCGCGAUCAAUUCCAGAUAAAAGAAAACGAUUUUCUGACGUUCGAUGCGAUGCGACACGCCGCCCAAUGCGUCGGAAGGGCCAUCAGAGGCAAGACCGAUUACGGCAUAAUGAUAUUCGCCGAUAAAAGGUUCUCCAGGUCCGAUAAACGGUCCAAAUUGCCCAAAUGGAUCCAGGAACACCUGAAGGAUUCCUAUUGUAAUUUGUCCACCGAGGAGGCCGUGCAGAUCGCGAAACGUUGGUUGAGACAAAUGGCCCAGCCCUUCACUAGAGAAGACCAAUUGGGGGUAUCCCUGCUCACUCUGGAGCAACUAAAAGAACUGGAAGCUAAGAAAUCUCAAGAGGAAUACAGCAAAGAAAACGAGAUUUAGUAUGAAUAGGUAUAAAAUUAGGUUAUAAAUAGGUUUUUUUAAUUGUCAUAAUUUAGUUUAACCAAAUAAGGAUCGAAUUGAGAAUUAUACUUUGC